AGAUAACAAUGAUACAGUCAGCUAUUUAUUUUUUAAGAAAUUAAAUUGCAAAUUGUUUUAUUUAUCUAUUUUAUACGUAUUAUAAAAUAAAACAUGGAAUUGAAUCCUAUGCAAGUUGCCUUAAAUACUGUUAGAACCUUAAGAUUGGAAUUAAUGCAAUUGAUUAUUGAAAUCGGUGAAGGAGUUAAAGAAGAUGGUGGCCAAACAGAUCCAAAAGACAAUCGUUAUAUGUAUUCUAUGAAUGAAAUGGUUGGAAAGCUUGGACUUCAUAUGAGGUUAUAUAUUUAAUGUAAAAUUGUUAAUAUUUUUUAAUAAUAAUUUUUGUUUUAUCUAUACUAAAUUACUUAAUAUAUCUAUGUUUAUUUUCAGAGACCUGGAACAAGUUGCUGGAUCUUUAUCCAGCCCACCUGGUGCUAUGUUAUUAUACAAUACAUCAUUUUUAACACAAGAAAGUACAUCUGAUCGACAAGCAUUAUAUACUCCUCUAGUGGCUUCUCAUAAAUGGCUGGACAAAGUAUUACAAAUUAGUACAGUACUAUAAAUGUACAACUUAUUUAUUUUAAAGCGUUUUAAAAUUUAAACAUUUGAACUAUAGUUUGGUUUGAAAUUGCUGAAAAAUAAAAAUAUAUAGUAAAAACUUUUCUUCUCAUUUCAAAUAAGAUCUCAUCAAUGUGUAUUAUUAUUAUUUUGCAUAAAUAUUAGAUUAUUUUGUUAGGGAUUGAAAUGUUAACUUCUAUUUGUAUUUAUAUUCUCUAAUAGCUAAAAUUGAUUAAGAAAACCUAGAUUGUCCAUGUAUUUAUUUAUUUUCAUUUACUAUCCAUUUAUUGGUAGUAUUAAAAUAUUUUUAUUUUGUUGUUUUAUUUAAACUUUUUGUAUUUUUAAACAAAAAUUAUUUAAAAUCAAUGUAACAUUUAACAAAAUUAAAACCAUUUCCAUAUGAAUCACACUAUAAGCUAUUAUUAUACUUAAAAGUAUAACUUUUAAACAUUAUUUAAAAAUAAGAUAUUUUAUUAUUUAUUGACUGUUACUUUAAGUUCUUUAAUAUCAAAUUUUUACUCAUAAUUAAAUAAAUGUAUUAAUAAUAUUAUGACUGAUUUCAGGUACAUAAAUUUAGUUCUAAUGCUAUAUUAAUUUUAAGUCAAAAUUCAUUAAAAAAAUCAUAUUACAAUUCCAGUACAAAUAAAAAGAAACGACAACAAUCUAGUUUGCAUAAUAUAUCACCACAGUAAUAUAUAACCACUGUCUAAUUACUUUUAAAAUAAUUACUUUUAAUUGAAUAUGUUUUUAGAGCUGUUGAUGGACUGUUAACUAAUAUUGAUCGGAUGUUUCCUGAUAUGAGCAUUACAAUAACAAGGCCAUGUGCUUCAAAUGUUGUUCUACUGGUAACUUUUGUUUAAAUACUUGCUUCUUAUUUUAUAUGCCUGUGCAUAAAUAUUUCUUUAUUUAAAAAUGAAUACUAUAAAUUAAUAAAAUAUAAUAAUUUUUGUUUAGGUUAGUUUAAGUAGAGUUUUACAAGCUAUCAUUUCAUUUAAAGGUGUAAUGAUUGAAUGGGUUAUUGUUAAAGGAUAUAACGAGCCUAUUAACCCUAAUAGUUUACAACAAGAGCUCUGGCAAGAAUCGAGAUAUUAUGUUUUUCGUAAGAUAACUGAUCAUGCUAAUGCAGCUAUGUUACAUUUUUCUUCACCAACAUUACCUGAGCUUUCAGUUCGAUCUUUCAUGGUAAUUUAAUUUAGAUUAAAAUAUAUAUUUGAAUUAUUAUUUUUGAAUAAUUAAAUUUUGUUUUUUUUUAGACUUGGCUCCAUAGUUACAUGACAUUAUUUAAUUCUGUAUGCAAAUCAUGUGGCAAUCGUUUACUAAAUGCAUACCCACCAACAUGGAGAGAUCUUAGAUCAUUAGAUACAUACCAUUAUGAAUGUAAACCAUAAAAAAAAUUCUUUAUGUACAUAUAAUUCCUGUUUUAAAAUAAUUUUCAUAUUAUAUUAUAUCUUUAUUUUUUUCAUAUAUAUGGAUGCUUUUUGGUUAUCGUGACUGCUAACAAUUUUUCAGCAUUGUAUUGACAUACACAGAAUAUUGAACCGUUGUAGGGAUCAGCUAAGUGGCAAAACAAAAAACACAGGGGAACAUCUCGAUAGCUUUUUGAUUGAAUUUAUGUGGCGUCAAGCUCUAACAGAUGAUCCUUUUGUUGAAAUACUAACCAACAUAUCACAACAUUUUCCACUACGUAUGAAUUAUUAGGUUUAUCAAUUAUAUUAAAUUUUAUUUUAUUUUUAUAUUUAAAUCAAUAUUAUAUUAUAUUUUAACUAUUAUUAGUAGUCACAAUAACCAAAAAUUACCUAUAUAUGUAUAUGAAAUGGUUAAUUUUUAUAAAUUCCUUCCAGAUAAUUGAUAUUUAAAUUUUAAAAAAAAAUUAUUGAAUAUGUGUAUUAUAUCUGUGUAUCUGAACCAAAUAGUGUGAACAAACUUUUUCUAAGUUAAAAUACAUUAAAUAAAAAUAUG